GCCAUCGUCGUCGCCGUCGUCGCCGUCGUCGCCGGCGCGCACACAGCUCGUCCAAGACGCCCGCAACGGUCUCCUGGACGUCGAGUGCCCCGUCACCGCCACUCUCGGCACAGCGCCCCGCGCCAUUGUUAGCGCUGCGAUCUCUCUGGCAGUCGUCCUGACCGCCACCUCUUCAAAAGGGCGACGACGCCGCGCACGACGACGAUGGACCCGUCCCCGUCACCGCCGGCAGUGACAUCCACCACGCCCACACCCAUGACUCGCUCUGGCAGCCUACGCACGCGCUCGCGGUUGCACGGUCCCCGCGUCCCGCGCCCGUUGACCGCGCGCACCCAGCCGCUCGUCGUCGACGUCCCGCCCCCGCCCUUAACCGCCUCCAGCUCUUCCGAUAACCUCAACCCUUCCUCCUCGGCCCAGCAGUCGAGCGCCCCCACGUACAGCGCCGGCUUCGUAUAUAACGGCGCGGGGUACGUCGAGGGCAUCCCGGACGAACUGCUGUCCCCGCCCCCGGACGCGCCUGAACCAGCGUACGAGCCCGCGCUCGCCACGGCCGUGGCGGACUCGCCGACGGUGCUGCCCUUCCGGAGCCCGACGACAGGCGUCCCUUUCCCGGUCCCGGUGCCGGACACACCUGCACCUGCUUAUCCUGCCACGCCGCCGCCGCCGCCCCACCCACAACUACCGCUCUCGCGCACGCAAUCCCAGACUCAGGUGCAGCGCGGCUCGCCGUCGCCCUUCCCCUUCCCCUUCCGCGAGCCUCUGGACACCGUCGACACCGGCGUGCAAACCGCCGCGUCCUCCUCCUUACCCCCUUCGCCCCCACCCAUACCCUCCGCUUCCCCCCCGUCCAUCACAAAAGUCGACGUCGGCGUCCAGGCCCUCGUCCCGUCUCCCCCGCCCUCCCCCGUGCCCUCGCACCCGACCUCGACGCACAAGCCCACCCCGGCGCCGACCCCCAAACCGUCCCUCGUCCUCCUCCCACCCGCCGCGCCGCUCUCCUUCGCUCCUCCGCCCACGCCCGCCUCCCCGCCCUACAAAGGCCUCACCCUCCACGCCGCCCAAUGGACGUUCACCUCCCCGCAGCUCCAGGCCAUCGUCGCCCGCGCGAUCCGGCAAUCCGCGCACGAAGACGCGCUCCGCAUCCUCCCGCUCGACUGCCUCGACGACGCCGAAGGCGGGGACGACGGCGCGAGCGCGCGCGAGGCGCGGAGGGUCGAGGCCGCGGCGCGCGAGGCGCAGGCGCGGUACCGGUUCCUGGCGCAGAGGAGGAGGAUGGUGUUGCAGGGGCUGUGCGCGCUCGCGAGCGGCGGCGGCGGUGGGAACGGCGGGGCGGGCGGGGGGGAGGAGCCGGAGGAGAACGUGCUGGGCAAGCUGACGCUCGACCUCGCGGCGCUGUGCGCCGAGCUGGAUGCGCUCGCGGCGGCGCUGCUCGCCCACGCCCACGCGCUGCAUACGCUGCGCGCGGCGCAGCACGUGCACCAUUCGUCGGCGCUCGCGAUCGCGCUGCGCAAGCUGAACGCGUCGUAUGCGAAGAGGAGCCGGCAGCUCGAGCGCGCGCAGAGGAGGGUCGCCGAUCUGGAGGGCGAGGUGGAGGAGGCGUGGAGGGUGGCGGAGGAGGUCGCGCGCGAGGUGGAUGGGAGAGAGGGGAGGAGGGGGAUCGAGCAGAUGGUGGAGGAGAUGGGGUUUGCGUACACGGAUAUUGUAGGUGGCGAGGCGAGGGAGGAGAGCGACGAAGGGAGGGAGAGGGAGGAUGGAGAUGAUGAUGCUGAGGAGGAGGAGGAGGAGGAUGCGGAGGAGGAGAGCCCGUUGCAGGGGAGGAGUCCGGUGGGGAACAAGACGAUGGUGGAGGAGCAGACGAUGGCGUUUGGAAGGGUGGAGCCGGAGCCGAGUGAGGAGGCUUUGGCGGCACGGGCGGCGUUGCAUCGUGAUCCGGUCGAGGAAGAGGAGGAACAGGACAGGCCACCGAACAACGAAGGACAUGCGCCCGGCCACACCCCAAUCGAGGCGGCGGAGGUGGAGAACGCGACCGGAACUACGACACAUGACGACGCGCCGGAAUACGACUCUGCGCUCGAUUCGGACAGCGAGGACACCGGUAUCCAGCACCAGGAUGUCGAUGAAGACGAUACGGGACCGUUGUCGGGCGAUAUCUACGACGAGGGCACGAUCGGCAUCGUCAAUGGCGUGCGGGCCGUCGCGAGCAAGGCGAUGCUGCUCGCGCACCCCGCCAGUCCGCCGCCGGGGACGGAGACCUUUGGCCCCCUACCGGCGUCUAUACCUCUUCCGCCUUCUGUGGCGGGCUCCAGCUUGGGCGGCAGCGUUCCGAAUUCUCCAAGCCAUGCCGAGCCAGCGGCGGAAACCGCCGCUGAAGACGCCCAGCCAUCGGCAUCUUCAAACCCGGCCCCCACAGCGCCGCCGCAAGCGCCGCUCCCGAGCCCGCCCUCCGCCACCGAACUCCUCUCAGGUCUCGUCACGCCUCCCUCUGUCUCCGCCUCCGCCUCGCGCGCCUCGUCCCUGAUCGCGCCCUCCCCGCCGCCCGAUAGCGACAGCCCAGUCGCGGCCGCACCCUCGGCGUUCGCGCGACACCACCGCUCGCUCUCCCUCGGUUCAUUCAUCUCAACGCCCGCCUCGCCGCCACCUCUGUACAUCCCGUCCGCCCCACGCGCGAUCGCGCCCGUCCCGCGCCCUCACUCGGACCACGAGCGGGACGAGCAGACAAGAGAAGGGCUGAACCUGCCCCGCUUGCCCACGCCCGUCUUCCCCUCGCCCCUCUCGCCGCCGUCGGACUACUCCGACCCGGACGGGGCGAUGUCGCCCCGCCGGCGCGAGCGCAAGAUGUCGGCGGAGAGCGCCAAGUCGUCCGCGUCCGCGAGCCGGCGCGUGUCCGCCGCGCGCAAGCGGAGCAUCCUCAAGACCAAGAGCGGCCUGCGCAGCCCGCGGACGAGCACCGGGCCCCCCGGGCCCGGGCCCGCGAUCAGGCAGCGGAGUCGCAGCCGCGGGCGACACUCGGCCAAGCCGUCGCUUAGCGGUGGACAGCUGGAGGCGGCCAACUCGGUCGCGUUCCCGCCCGUGCCGAGCGUCCCGUCCGAGCACCAGAGCACGCAGAGCCAGCGCUCGACGUUUUUGGAUCUGAAGCCGACGCCGCCGAUUCCGGGCGCGGCGCCGGCGGAGGACGCCAAUUCGAUGAUCGGCCGCGCGAGCUUUUUGGACAUGGAGCGGGACAGGACGCCGAAGGCGAGCAUGAUGAGCUCGAUGGCGGACGAGGACGGGAGUCUGGUGGAGGCCACGAUCCGCAUCCCGCUCGCGAACGGGGCGGCCGAGAGGGCGAGGGGAAAGACGCAGGACGAUCAUGACAUCGUGCCGCCCCCGCACCGGAGCGCGUUCUCGUUCCUGCACCACGCCUCGAGCUCCGCAGUGCAAGAUAUGUCGGACGGUGAGGACGGGCACGAGGACGUGACGAAGCACGCGUCGACGCAGGGAAUACCACCCAAGUCGGUCCGGCGCGCGAGCGUGUCCGAGUACAGCUCGUCGUACACGUACCCCAAGAGCCCGGCGGGCGGGAGCGGGUCGAGCGCCACCGGGAGGAAGAGCAAGUCGCCCCGCGGGGCCAAGUCUCCGGAGAGGAUCGGCACGGUGGUUGCGUCGUGGCUAAACCUCGGCGCGCUGGGCAAGAAGGGCGCGAAGCGGCAUUCGAGCGCGAUCGAUAGGCUGGUGGAGGAGGAAGGCGAUGGUGCCGCAAAUUCUGGGACGGGGAGCGGGCAUGCGAGGGGACAGGGGUCGAGCGAGAGCGGGGCUGCGUCCGGGUCCGGGCAUGGCCACGCGUCGAGGAUUGGAUACGAAAAGGUGCUUGGUUUGGUGUCGCCGAAAGGCCGCAAGGACUCGAAGGCGAUUGGCUGAGACGGAUGUCGGUCUAACAUCUUGAUUUGGUUGUAGUUGGUUGUCCACUCCUUUCUUUCCGCUGUAUCCUAUGCUUUUGGAUUGCUCUCUCCGUCGGUUUUCACCCUCGUAAUUGCUUUUUCGGCACACGUUUUAGAUACUCAUCGAUUCCUAGGAUUUCAUUAACAUGUAUAAUACACUAUAUUGACACAAAUGUAUAUGCG